AUGGGUAAGACUCGUGGUUUAGGGGCUGGCCGCAAGCUGCGCAUUCACCGCCGUGAACAGCGCUGGGCCGAUAAAGAUUUCAACAAGGCGAACUUGGGCUCUGAGUGGAAGAAGCCGUUCGCUGGUUGCUCGCACGCCAAGGGUAUCGUGCUCGAAAAGAUUGGUAUCGAAGCGAAGCAGCCGAACUCUGCUAUCCGUAAGUGCGUGCGAGUGCAGCUCAUCAAGAACGGCAAGAAGAUCGCGGCCUUCGUCCCCCGUGAUGGUUGCUUGAACUUCACCGAUGAAAACGAUGAAGUUCUCAUCGCUGGUUUCGGUCGUAAGGGUCACGCCGUUGGUGAUAUUCCGGGUGUCCGCUUCAAGGUCGUCAAGGUUGCCGGUGUGUCCCUCAACGCGCUCUUCAGAGAGAAGAAGGAGAAGCCGCGUUCGUAA